AUGACGGUCCUGGCCGCUGAGCUGGCAGGCGACGCCGAGCUGGCCUUCCUGACCCCCUCCGUCCCCGGCACGCCCCGCACCGCGGCCGGGCCGGGGUCGGACCUCAGCCUGGCCAGCUCAGCGCGCAGCAGCCUGACCAGCCUGUCGGAGAACCUGAGCGGGCCCACCCCUUACUUCACCGCCGCGCCGGAGGCGCGGCCACGCCAGGAGCCCCGCUCCUCACGUGACAUUGCCGGCACGGCGGCCGCGGGGGCGGAGCGCAUGGCCUCAGUGCGGCGGGCGCUGGACGUCGCCCUGGCCAAGGAGGGCGGGAACGGGCCGAGCCCUUUGGUGGGAGGAAGGAGGGGGUCUGCGGCUGAGCCUGGGCUAGACAGAGGAGCCAGGGCGUCCACAGCCCUGCCCGGCGUCGCCGCCAACCCCCCGUCGCCCUUUGCGCGCGCCCCGGGGCAGGAGCCCGCAGGCUCGGCGGAGCGGCUGUCCUCCCACGCCCUGGAGAUGCCCAGCACCAGCGCCAGCAGCGUGCGGGAGGAUAGCCCCGAGCCAGGAAAAGGUGACGCGGGGGACGAUAAGGAAGGAAAGGGGGGCGCAGAAACCCCUGUCGGCGACGCGUGUGUUUCGGUGACGGUGGCAGCAGGGCAGCAGGUCCUGGUUGCAGCGGCGACACCAUCUGGCCAGGAACCAAGCAGUGCCCCUGCCCGGCAACCCCGCCUCUCGAGGGCUGCGUCCUCCAGGACGCAGACGCCUGGCCAGUCCAGGUCGCAGUCGAGGCGGCAGAGCAACGAGGACGGCGCGUCAGAGAGCGAGAGCUUCGCCUCGGCAGCCUCCAGCCUGGCGCCAGCAGCGACGCCGGUCAGCAGGGCCUGCGUGGCCGCGGCUACACCUGCGCUGCCCGAGGAGCCUGCCAGGAGUGCUGGGGACGACACGUUGGGCACCCCCUCGCCGGACAAGGCCAGUGGUCAAGCCCCUGAGCUGUCGGCAUCCACCCCGCAACAAGAGGGCACGCCGCCUCAGACCCUGGCUCGGGGGGACGUCUUCUCGCCCCAGCCGCGAGGCCCCGUGCCAUACUCGGUGGACUCAGAGAGCGCCGCAGGAGCUACACUGCCCAUCCUCACGGUGGAGGGGCGAGCCGCUGACCCGGGGAAGCCUUUGACCCCUGCCGACCUCCUCCAGGCGUACUGGGCAAGCCCCGUACCAGCCUUGGGACAGUGCUUCGAGUUCAAGCCGGACCCUGCGCUGCAGAAGCUGAGCUACAGGCGGAGCGGCCUGGUCAGGGCGCAGCGCGCCAGCGGGUUGCACGCCGCGCCGGCGGCGCUGGCGGACCUGGAAGCCGCCGAAAACCUGGGGAGCUGGGUCAUCCCCGCGCUGUGCCGCUGCAUGUCGCUGGACAGCAUCCUGACCUUCCUGGGGGCCGCGCUGCAGGAGGCCCAGAUGGUGGUGUUCUGCCCCAACCUGGGCCUGCUCAGCGCGGUGGUGCUGUCCCUGGUCCCCCUCCUCCUGCCCUUUGGCUGGCAGAGCCUGCUGCUCCCCGUCAUGCCCUACCCCCGCUCCCGCCUGGACCUGCUGGACGCGCCGGUGCCCUUCGUGGCCGGCAUCCAGUACAAGACGCCCGAGGUGUGGGCGCGCUGCGGCGCCCUGGUCCGCGUCAACGUCUACAAGGACCGGGUGAGCAACGCGGGGCGCCUGGCGCCACUGCCCUCACGCGCCACGCUGGCCGAGGCGCUGGCGGGGACCUACGCCGAGCUGAGCGCGCUGGGGCGCACGCCCGCUGCACGCGCGCGCCCCGCCCACCAGGUCUCGGACGCGCAGGCCGCGCUGGCGGGCGUGUUCCUGUCCACGGUGCAGACCUACCUGCGUUCCCUGGUGUCCGACCUCCGCGCCUACACCAUCACCGACGUCUCCGCCAGCCAGGAGCGCACCAGCAUCCUGCUGCGCGAGUCGUUCAUCGAGUCGGUGCCGGCCAAGGACAGAGCCUUCAUGACCGCCUUCUCCGAAACACAGAUGUUUGCGGUGUACACUGACGCCGUGCUGGCUGGUGCCGGCACAUGA